UCAUAUAUUGAUCCUUGAUUUUAUUAUUUGUCCAAAGGAUCACCUGUAAAACAACGAAUAUCAUAUCCUUGAUCCGUCCUGCAAUGGCGGCGAUAACCAUCCCGAUACGGAAACCGAUCCAAUACCUAACAUACUACCUUUCCGAACAUCCAUCAGUCGUCAACUUCCGAUGGAGCCCCUCGCAAUCAUGGGGGUCAACAUGGUCAUUCCUCUUCACCUCAAUCUCUCUCUACCUCAUUCUCUCUCUCUUCCUUCAUCUCCUCCUUUGCCUCCUUUUCCCUCGCCGUAAACCCAUCUCUCUCGGCCCAAUACCCGCCUUCCAUUCUCUCUCAAUGGCCUUAAUCUCCUUCACCAUCUUCUCCGGCAUCUUCCUCUCCGCCGCCGCCGAGAUCCGAGACACACGGUGGUUCUGGCGCCGGAGUAAAACCCCCUUUCAAUGGCUCCUUUGCUUUCCCCUCGGAACCCGACCUUCGGGCCGGGUUUUCUUCUGGUCGUACGUCUUCUACCUCUCUCGCUUUCUCGACCUCUUCCGCACCUUUUUCUCUCUCCUCCGCCGUCGCAAACUUCCGACGCACCACCUUCUCAACCACUCCAUUCUAAUCUUCUCCUCGUUCUUAUGGCUCGAGUUCUCGCAAUCGUUUCAGGUUUUGGCGAUCAUUUCUACCACCCUUGUUUCGUCGAUUGUUUAUGGGUAUCGAUUUUGGACUGCGAUUGGAUUGCCUAGUGCUUGUUUUCCCUUUGUUUUGAAUUGCCAGAUUGUUCUUCUUGGGUGUAAUUUGAUCUGUCAUGUCGGUGUUCUUCUAAUGCAUCUUUUGAAAGGCGGGUGUAAUGGGAUUGGUGCUUGGGGAUUUAAUUCGGUCUUAAACACCGCGAUUUUAUCCCUUUUCUUGAAUUUUUAUGCCAAGAGAUACCUCAAUAAGAGCAAGAUUACGAAUAAUGGCGGCGACGGUGGCAGCAGCGAGGGCGGCAUAGAGUCGGAAAAGCUUAAAGAUCAAUAAUAAUAAUCAUGGCGGGUGCAUUAUAUAUUUUUACCCUGUGUUUUAUGUAUAUAAAAAGUUUGUAGUAUGAUUUUGGUAGAUAUGUAUCAUAUAUUACAAGUAUAUGGUAGUACGAGUUUUUUGAUUUUUCUUAGAGUUGUGAAUAUUUUGUAAGUUUAGAAUUUAGAGGUUGAAUAGAAUAUUUUCUCUUUAAUUUUAUUUGGCCUUCUAAAUUGAUUGAGAGAGAUUAGUAUUGGUUUGCUUUAACAAUCAAUCAUAAUUUUAUUAUGAUUUUAGAAUUUGUGUAAUGAUCUAUAGGAAAUUAUUUGAGAAUUUGUGUAAUGAUGUAUAGGAAAUUUACUAAUUUAGUGUGCAACUUCGGAUUGCAAGGUUCAUACCUUAUCAAUAAACUUCAAGAAAUGUAAUGUGACAUUUACGGAA